AUGCUCUCUGCCAGAACCGCCGCUAGAGCUCCCAAGGCUGUGAGAACUUUGGCCACCUCCGGGUUGACCAGAGACUCGCAAGUCAACCAAAACUUGUUGGAAUCCCACUCGUUCAUCAACUACGCCAAGAACCUUGAGAACGUCAAGAUCGUCAAGGAACGCUUGGGCCGCCCCUUGACCUACGCGGAAAAGUUGUUGUACGGUCACUUGGACAAGCCCCACGAACAAGAGAUCGUCAGAGGCCAAUCGUACUUGAAGUUGAGACCCGACAGAGUCGCCUGCCAGGAUGCCACCGCCCAGAUGGCCAUCUUGCAAUUCAUGUCCGCCGGCAUGCCCCAAGUGGCCACCCCCUCCACUGUCCACUGUGACCACUUGAUCCAAGCCCAAGUUGGUUCGAAGAAGGACUUGGCCAGAGCCAUCGACUUGAACAAGGAAGUGUUCGACUUCUUGGCCUCGGCCUGUGCCAAGUACAACCUUGGUUUCUGGAAGCCUGGUUCGGGUAUCAUCCACCAGAUCGUGUUGGAAAACUACGCCUUCCCCGGUGCCCUUAUGAUCGGUACCGACUCCCACACCCCCAACGCCGGUGGUUUGGGUCAAUUGGCCAUCGGUGUUGGUGGUGCCGACGCCGUCGACGUCAUGGCUAACUUGCCCUGGGAAUUGAAGGCCCCCAAGAUCAUGGGUGUCAAGUUGACCGGUAAGAUGUCGGGCUGGACCUCGCCCAAGGACAUUAUCCUUAAGCUUGCUGGCAUCACUACCGUCAAGGGUGGUACCGGUUACAUUGUCGAAUACUUCGGUGAAGGUGUCAACACCUUCUCGUGCACUGGUAUGGGUACCAUCUGUAACAUGGGUGCCGAAAUCGGCGCCACCACCUCGGUGUUCCCUUACAACGCCGCCAUGGCCGAAUACUUGGAAGCCACCGGCAGAACCCAAGUCGCCGAAUUCGCCAACUUGUACAAGAACGACUACUUGGUCGCCGACGAAGGUGCCGAAUACGACGAAGUCAUCGAAAUCGACUUGAACACCUUGGAACCCCACGUCAACGGUCCUUUCACCCCUGACUUGGCCACCCCCAUCUCCAAGAUGAGAGAAACCGCCGAAGCCAACGGCUGGCCCUUGGACGUCAGAGUGGGUUUGAUUGGUUCGUGCACCAACUCGUCGUACGAAGACAUGUCGAGAGCCGCCUCCAUCAUCAAGGACGCCGCCGCCCACGGUGUCAAGGCCAAGACCCUUUACACCAUCUCUCCUGGUUCCGAACAAAUCAGAGCCACCAUCGAAAGAGACGGUCAAUUGAAGACCUUCGAAGACUUUGGCGGUGUCGUCAUGGCCAACGCCUGUGGUCCUUGUAUCGGUCAAUGGGACAGACAAGACAUCAAGAAGGGUGAAAAGAACACCAUCGUGUCGUCGUUCAACAGAAACUUCACCGCGAGAAACGACGGUAACCCCGCCACCCACGCCUUUGUCGCCUCCCCCGAAAUGGUCACCGCCUACGCCAUCUCCGGUGACCUCGGUUUCAACCCCAUCACCGACACCUUGACCGGUGCCGACGGUAAGGAAUUCAAGCUUGCCCCCCCCACUGGUGACGGUUUGCCCAAGAACGGCUACGACCGUGGUGAAAACACUUACCAAGCUCCUCCUCAAGACAGAUCGUCGGUGGAAGUUGUCAUCUCGCCCACCUCGGACAGAUUGCAAAAGUUGAAGCCUUUCAAGCCCUGGGACGGUACCAACCCCGAACGCAUGCCCAUCUUGAUCAAGGCCGUGGGCAAGACCACCACUGACCACAUCUCGAUGGCCGGUCCCUGGUUGAAGUACAGAGGUCACUUGGAAAACAUCUCGAACAACUACAUGAUUGGUGCCACCAACGCCCAAAACGGUGAAGCCAACAACGUGCAAAACCACUACACCCACAAGUGGGACACUGUCCCCGCCACCGCCGCCGAAUACAGAGACGCCGGCAAGAAGUGGGUCGUCAUUGGUGACGAAAACUUUGGUGAAGGUUCGUCGAGAGAACACGCCGCUCUUGAACCUAGAUUCUUGGGUGGUUACGCCAUCAUCACCAAGUCGUUCGCUCGUAUCCACGAAACCAACUUGAAGAAGCAAGGUUUGUUGCCCUUGAACUUCAAGAACGCCGCCGACUACGACAAGAUCGAACCCCAAGACGAAGUCGACUUGGUCGACGUCACCGAAUUGGCCCCCGGCAGAUCGGUCACCAUGAGAGUCCACCCCGCUAACGGUGGUGCCGCCUUCGACGUUGAAUUGACCCACACUUUCAACCAAGAACAAAUCGAAUGGUUCAAGGCUGGUUCGGCUUUGAACAAGAUGGCUGAAAAGCAAUAA